AUGGGCAAUGUCACGGGACCGGUGGCUGCGAAAUUCGCGUUUUUCCCGCCGGAGCCACCGACGUACGAAAUUCUCAAGAGCAACGACGGUGUGAUGGUGUUUUCCGGCUCCAAUGAUAAAAGCGUUGAUGUUCAUGUUGUUGAUACAAAAGUUGGUAACAAGAUUGUUGCCACGUUCUGGAAACACCCUUUUGCGAGGUUUACUUUGUUGUACUCUCAUGGUAAUGCUGCUGAUUUGGGUCAAAUGGUUGAUCUCUUUAUUGAGCUUAGAGCUCAUCUUCGUGUCAAUAUCAUCAGCUAUGACUAUUCUGGAUAUGGACGCUCUACAGGUAAGCCGUCUGAGUUCAACACGUAUUACGACAUAGAGGCUGUAUUUGAUUUGUUGAAGAGUGGAUAUGGAUUUAAGCAAGAAGAUUUGAUUUUGUAUGGUCAAUCCGUUGGAAGUGGACCGACGCUACAUUUGGCUUCAAAGUUACCAAAAUUGAGAGGUGUUGUACUUCACAGUGCUAUUCUUUCAGGAUUAAGGGUCUUGUAUCCUGUCAAAGUUACAUUUUGGUUUGAUAUAUUCAAAAAUAUAGACAAAAUUCGGUAUGUAAACUGUCCCGUGUUCGUUAUACAUGGAACAGAAGAUGAAAUUGUUGAUUGUUCUCAUGGAAAGCGAUUGUGGGAACUCUCGAAGCAAAAAUACGAUCCGUUGUGGGUUAAAGGUGGAGGCCAUUGCAACCUUGAAACUUUCCCCGAGUACAUCAAGUACUUGCGCAAGUUUAUAAACGCGAUGGAGAAAAUCUCAAUCACUUGUCAGUCAAGCAAACAAGUCACUCAAAGUCCUAGUAUUACCGAAACCAAACAUAACAAAUGCUUAGGAUUUGUUAAAAGAUAG